AUGUGUCCGAUGAUGCUCAACAGCCUUUCCGAUGGCCCUGCCAUGAUCCUGUCCCCUCCCCAGGAACACGCCUUCCUUCAGUUCCCUCGCCACUCUAAGCUUGAUGUCGUCUCCCAAAACUCAGGCUCGUUUUUCUCGAGUGGCCCAAGCACCUCAUUUGGUGCAAAGCUCGCUGCAUCCGGGCCUGUCGGUGGAAAGCCAUCGCGCAAAAGAUCGCGUGACGAAGCGGCUUUUGAAGAAGCUAUGAAUGCCCCCAGCGUACCCUCCAUGCCCGCGCCGGCUCCUGCAAAGAAAGAGGAGCCCAUCUAUGGAGAAGGCAUGGUUCUUCUGAAUCCAAGAACCGGGCUGGCUAUCUCCGCAGAAACCCAGACAGGCACCUGGUACGAAGAAACGCUGGAGAGCAGUGCUGCUUCUGCACCGUCUGCCUCAUCGCAUUCUCAGGCGUUUCAAUCCAGUCAGUCGAAUAUCUCUGGCCGGAAGUCUCAACGCCUUGAUCCCUCCGCUCCCAGACUCGAUGAUAUCGCGCUCUCGUCAGUGCAGCGACUGCAGGACAGCGGCAAAGAUGACAACCGCCGCCUCUUCGACGCCACAAAUCGCUCGCCUGAUGAGCCGCUGGUUGACGACGCCACCCGCCUUCUUGGUAUCAGCUGGCAACGUAUUACAUUCGACGGCGAUGGCGACAUGGCAGCCGCAGUGCGCGGCUGGAAGAAAUACAUCGACAAACAAUAUUCUGCGUAUCUCCUAGACUCUCAAAUACUUAUGAAGAAUCGAGCUUUGAACGCUUACCUCGUGGCUGCACGACCUGUCACGCCUUUUGGACCAGCCAACUCCAGCGCUUUUUUCUUGUUCAAUGACGAUCUCACCCAGGCUCAGCUGGUGGCAUCCGCUUGGGAUACCUGCAUUCAAAACCUCCGAUCGAAUCCCAUUGUCUUCGAAGGGACUCAGAUCCUGAAUGCCGCACACCGAUCAGUCAAUAGUGCAUCCCUUCAAACGCAGAAUAUCCUCGGCGCAAACCCCGCGAACGCCGGCCUUCCUCUCUUACAAACCCUCUCGGCACAGCCCGUCAGCAAUGGCGUGAGCGUUGGGCUGAACGGCGGCGUAGGAAUGGGGACGGGCAUGGACAUCGACGCGUAA